AUGUGGUUCAGUGCUAUAGAACGUGAAGAGAACCUGCCGCCUGUCAUUAUGGAAAUUGAUGACGACUUGCCAGAUGCUGAGAAGGGUAAUAUGAUUAGAACAGCUUUCCUCGGUCGCGUGCAAACUUUCUCGAAUAUUUGGUUCCGUCCGGAGUAUCAAGUUUUCACGCUUCAUGAUAAUUCCGAAGGUGAACGUAUCUGGCAGUGGGAUACAACAGACGAACAACACAAUACCUCCCUGGAGAACUUCAGGGCAAACAUGAGAGAAAUGUAUGAUGAUUGGGAUCAUGCUCUUGACUCGAAUUUUGUUUUACUCCAAACAAAGACAAAUCGUUCAUUCGCAGUAGAUCGAAGAACCACAGAGAGUUACUGGAGAAAGUAUAUUUUCGAUUGGCUCACAGAAACCGACAUAUUCAUUGAGCGAAGAGAAACUAGACCUUUUAUGCAACCUGAUACAAUUCCUUGGGGCUAUAGACAUACUCGUCAAAUCCCGCCCCCUCCUCCAGUGGAACUUAACCCAGUUCCGGUGGCGCCUGUUGCCGAAGCAUCACAGCAGCCUCGUAUCAACAAGACACGACUCAUUGCACCCGUUGCCGAAAAGGCCAUCACUCCAAAAUGGGAGACUUGGAUGACAGAUCAACAUCGUAAGGAUGCAUUACAACGUCGUUCUUACAUUCAAGACCAAUCGGUCAUCGAGCCGGGCCUUGACCCUUCAGCACCAACAUACGGGCCUAGUAAAGAAUUGACAUUAGGAGUUUCUCUUUCGACUCCUGCAGUUUAUACACAACGACUGACCCCCACUGAUAUUUUAAACUUGGUUGAAGAAAAUCAGAAGUUAAGAAAUGGCUUGUUAGAGCGAUCUCACAACUGUCUCAUCUGCUCUGUGACCAUGGCUGGCUAUGAGCAUGCCGAAAUACAACGCCAUUAUGGACAGCAUCUAGUCCAACUCCAAAAAGAGGGACAAUGUCCUCUCUGUGAGCGAGAAUCGUGGUCAAUCAUGACCAUGGAGCAAAAGAAAGAGCAUCUUGAAACUCAUCAAGUGGAAACAGACACCGAAAUGAUUCGAAAUUUCUGGAAUGGCAUUGAAUGUCCUGUAUGCGACGCCAAACUAAGUGGUUUUACAGCCGAGCAAGUUCUUCGCCACAUGGCAGACCACAUACCAGGAAUUGUCGAAUUCUGUGACAAAUGCGGACUUCGCACCGCUAUCUGUAAUCAUGCUGAACUAGUUCAUCACAGAUACGUAUGCCUUGAUCAACCAGAUCGUGGACCCCUCGAUCUAGAACCUUCAUUCUGCGGCGAUUGUGGCCAAAAUCGUACCGCGGAGGAUGAAGAAGAACGGGGUCAGCACGUUAUAAAUUGUACCGCUAAGAAUCGACGUGUUCAAGAUAAGAAGUUCUGUACCAAAUGUGGCAUUGAUAAGAGUGCAUGGAGCAACGAUGAAAUCACCACGCAUGAUGAGCAUUGCACAUCUCCUCAAGGUUUGCCAAAAGCUUUUUGCUUGAGAUGUGGCACAAGGUUGCUUGGUGCCACUGAAGCUCAAUUGGAUGGCCAUAGAGUGUACUGUUCUAUUAGAACAAAAGAACCGGAGAAUUUGAGACAGCGAGUAGAAGAGCUUCAGGCGCGAACUGCAACACUCAAUCGCAUCGCGGCCAAGAACGCAGCCACACUCUCCUGGAUUACCCAACGGGAGAAUGAGCUCGUAGAAAGCGAAAGAGCUUUAGCCGAACGAGAGUUGAAACGUCCUAUGGACGAAAGACGAGCGUACGCUGAAGAUAGGAGUAGUCUUGGAGCAUGCCCUUGGUCUCGCAAAGGUUGCAAAUAUCAUACGAUCAACCAGACUCGUAGGCAAAUCUUUACACACAUGGCUACACAUUUCAAUACCGAUCAAAGCAAAACUCUCCCAUUUACCUGCCCAUUCCCUGGAUGUAGUAAGCAAAUCGCUGUACCCGGCUCGGAUCCCGAUGAUAAUCUUCUCGUUGUGGAUCAUUAUCGUCAUCGCGACUAUCAAGGUAUCGCGGAUGUACAUGGUCCGCCUAAGGGCAGAGAUCCGAAGGAACUCAAAAAAUUGGUAGAUCAUUUUCAAAAGGCCAAUGCAAUGAAUGCUCGUACGCGCUUGCGAAACAUUACACCGCUUCCUGAACCAGGCCAGGGACAAGGGACGGGUGGAGCAGGAGCGGGUGGAUUUGGUGGCGGGUUAGGAGGUGGACUGGGAUCCAAAUUCCAGUACUCCGACUCCAGCCGCCUCGAACCAGGUUACGCGCAUCACCCCUCAUACCUACCUUCAGACGACGACCUACAACAAAGUAUCGAAGCCGAUUAUGUACAGUACGGAGACGAUGAGAAUCUUUUCCAAGCCGGCGAUUACGAGCCUCCAUCUGAAGCCGAAACCGACCCCGGAGUCGAAAUUGAGAUCUCGCAGCCAACACCUACCAGACGACACCGAUCCUUUGCAGCUCCGCUAGUUUCAUACGAUAAACCAUACUCCACAUACACUCCCAAAUCCAUCAGCCAACCACCUCCACUUCCGUACUCCCCCACCAAACGUAAAGCAUCCGCCGCAAUCCCAGAAGAGGACUUAUACCCACCCUCUAAUCGUACGACGCGUCAACGCACGGCAAUCCAGACUCCAAGUCCAGAUAUUGAAGCCCCACCCGUGCGAAGAUCAAGUCGACAGGAUCGUCGACGAAAAUCAAUGCACGGUGUAGAUCAAGAUGGAGAUGCAGAUGAGGGAGAAACGAGAGAGGUAAAGUCUCAGGAUUGGAAGAAUAUGGUGGAUACGUAUGAAGCCGAGUCGUCGCAAAUAAACCAGUAUGAGUCGAGUGGAGGUGAUAGUUCUGAACAGGCACAAGUACAUGAGGAGGUGGAGGGCAAAAAUGAGAGUUCGGAGCAAGUUACUUCGACGUCUAAUUCGAAUCGGAGUCCGAGUCCAGCUCCCAGGGUGAAGAGGUAUAGAACUAGGUCUGGAGGAUAG